CUCACCAGCGCCGCUGGCCACGCCUCUACGCACCACACCUGCCCACACCCCUCUUAUCUUCGCCAUGCCCGCCGCGCCCACGACCGCCAACGCGGAGUCGCUCGCAGCCGCACGAGCCGAAAGCUUCAAGGUCGUGAUCGUAACCCACACUGGCUCGGAACCUUCCUUCAAAAUCACGAAGAGCUCUACCAUCGGCGAGCUCCGCGCCGCGUACGGCGAGUGGCAACACGUACCUGUGAACCAGAUUCGUCUCAUUCACCACGGCCAUGGCCUCGCCGAUGAGAUCACGGGCGAAUAUCUCCUGUACGAGAAGGCCGCAGGCCGAGGUCUUGAUCGGUGGGGCCGUAUUGUGAUCGACGCCAUCGUCUGCCUGUGCGGAUGCUAAGAUGUUCCUCUCGGCGCCACUUGGAUACCUCCUCAACGAGGUGUCGCAGGCCGGCAACGAGUCCGACGGCGUGCUCGUCAUCACCUUCGAGCUCUAGCUACCCAGCUGCUGUCGAGCGCUCGCAAGCCGCACAGGACUCUCAACUCUCGUCUCAUCACCACGUGCGGCCCGCUUCUGGCCCCGUCAUCGCAGCCCGGUCCGCUCUU